UAUCUUAGUUCCGGUCCUGCUCUUCCGUUUAAUGCCCAUGAAAAAUACAGUCAUCAGUCUAGAAUGGACAUUCUGCAAUAAUGAUACGCCUCUCUAUAGUCUUUCUUGUCUUCUUUUGCGGAAUAGUCAUCUGUGAUGAGUGUGAGCCAGAUUUAGCCGAUAGCUGCUUCGAAUCUAUAGAAGAACAUGUCAAAUAUUUAAUUGACGUCAAAAAUGAUAUCAUAAAAAAUAUCACCCAAGCUGCCAUUCACGACUUCUGUCUGUCAAUUGAAGAUUCUAUACACUGUGCUUCGGAUGUCAUCGACGAAGAUUGUAGCGAUGAAGAAGGGAGGGGAAGAUUUGACACUUGGUUGUUGUCCCUAAGAGCAACAUACAACUUCGUCUGCCAAGGAGAUCACAGUAACUUAAAAGGCGUCCUCCAAGGAAUCAAUUGUUGGAAUGUAGAGGACUUUGUAUUAUGUACAAUGGAGCAGGCAGAUAUUCAACAUGUUAGAGAUUUUCUUAACAAAAAAAUGGAUGAACAUGAAUGCGACAUUCUGAAAAAUGUUAUGUCGCAGUGCUACAAAAGUGCCAUGUCGGGUUCUUGUCGUGAACAGAAAGACAUGUCCAUUUUGGUGGGUGGUAUGAUCAGUUCCUUCUUCACACCUUAUGGCUGUAUUGGCGAUCAGAGUACCGUCAGCAGCAUCGAACUUCAUUCAUCUUCGAUGCAUAUUAUAUUUAACAAAUAUUUACUCUAUGCGUGUGUGAUUCUUUUAAAAUUUUAUUGGACAGCUUGAUUACUUUUGCAAUAUGUAAUAGCAAAAUAAAGGUAAAUUUUCAUAA